CCUAAGCCUGCUUUUGUGCAAGAUGUUGGGCUUUUUGAAGCGCCCUGUAGUGGUGACAACUGACAUCAACUUGAACCUUGUGGCUCUGACUGGGGUGGGGUUACUGAGCCGACUGUGGCAACUCACCUAUCCUCGGGCUGUGGUUUUUGAUGAGGUAUAUUAUGGGCAAUACAUCUCCUUUUACAUGAAACGGAUCUUCUUUUUGGAUGACAGUGGACCACCAUUUGGCCACAUGCUGCUGGCCUUAGGAGGGUAUUUAGGAGGAUUUGAUGGUAACUUUUUAUGGAACAGAAUUGGAGCAGAAUACAGUAGCAAUGUGCCUGUGUGGUCCUUGCGCCUGCUGCCUGCACUCGCAGGGGCUUUAUCGGUCCCCAUGGCCUACCAGAUAGUGUCAGAGCUCCACUUUUCUCAUUGUGCCGCCAUGGGAGCAGCUCUGUUGAUGCUUAUCGAGAACGCUCUGAUCACUCAGUCAAGGCUAAUGCUUCUGGAGUCAAUGUUAAUAUUUUUUAAUCUAUUGGCUGUGUUGUCUUACCUGAAGUUCUUCAACUCCCAGAAACACAGUUCUUUCUCUCUGAACUGGUGGCUUUGGCUACUGCUGACAGGGGUGGCUUGUUCCUGCGCCGUUGGCAUCAAAUACAUGGGUGUUUUCACAUACCUGCUCGUGCUUGGCGUCGCAGCUGUCCAUGCCUGGCACCUGAUCGGAGACCAGACCUUGUCAAAUGUCUGUGUGUUCUGUCACUUACUUGCCAGAGCAGUGGCUUUACUGAUCGUCCCGAUCGUCCUGUACUUACUGUUCUUCUACGUCCACCUGCUUCUGCUCUUCCGCUCUGGGCCCCAUGACCAAAUCAUGUCUAGUGCCUUCCAAGCCAGCCUGGAGGGAGGACUAGCUCGGAUCACCCAAGGCCAGCCACUGGAGGUGGCCUUCGGUUCCCAGGUCACUCUGAGGAGCGUCUUUGGCAAACCCAUUCCCUGCUGGCUUCACUCCCACCAGAACACCUACCCCAUGAUGUACGAGAAUGGCCGAGGCAGCUCCCACCAGCAGCAGGUGACCUGCUACCCCUUCAAAGAUGUCAAUAACUGGUGGAUUAUAAAGGAUCCUGGCAGGCACCAGCUGGUGGUGAGUAACCCUCCAAGGCCCGUGCGGCACGGGGACAUCGUGCAGCUGGUCCAUGGCAUGACCACUCGCCUCCUGAACACGCAUGAUGUCGCAGCCCCGCUGAGCCCGCACUCGCAGGAGGUCUCCUGCUACAUUGACUACAACAUCUCCAUGCCUGCACAGAGCCUCUGGAGACUGGAAAUUGUAAACAGAGAAUCGGAUGAGGAGUCGUGGAAGACCAUCUUGUCCGAGGUUCGCUUUGUGCACGUGAACACUUCUGCUGUCUUGAAGCUGAGCGGGGCACACCUCCCUGACUGGGGGUUUCGGCAGCUGGAGGUCGUGGGGGAGAAGCUGUCGCGGGGCUAUCACCAGAGCCUGGUAUGGAACGUGGAGGAACACCGGUAUGGCCAAAGCCAGGAGCAGAAGGAGCGGGAAUGGGAGCUGCACUCUCCGACUCAGGUUGACAUCAGCAGGAACCUCAGCUUCAUAGCCAGAUUCUCCGAACUGCAGUGGAAGAUGCUGACGCUGAGAAGUGAUGACUCAGAGCACAAGUACAGCUCCACCCCCCUGGAGUGGGUCACGCUGGACACUAACAUCGCUUACUGGCUGCACCCCAGGACCAGUGCUCAGAUCCACCUGCUUGGAAAUAUCGUGAUCUGGGCCUCAGGCAGCCUCGCCACAGCAGCCUAUACUCUGCUCUUCUUCUGGUACCUGUUCAGACGGCGAAGACAUGUCUGUGACCUCCCCGAGGAUGCCUGGCUGCGCUGGGCACUGGCUGGGGCCCUGUGUGCCGGGGGCUGGGCGGUGAACUUCCUGCCCUUCUUCCUGAUGGAGAAGACACUCUUCCUCUACCACUACCUGCCCGCGCUCACCUUCCAGAUCCUCCUGCUCCCUGUGGUCUUGCAGCACAUCAGUGACCACCUGUGCAGGUCCCAGCUCCAGAGGAGCCUCUUCAGCGCCCUGGUGGUGGCUUGGUUUUCUUCUGCAUGUCACGUGUCUAACACGCUGCGCCCACUGACCUAUGGGGACAGGUCACUCUCACCAAGUGAACUCAGGGCCCUUCGCUGGAAAGACAGCUGGGACAUCUUGAUCCGAAAAUAAUAGCAGAACACAGCAAACGAGGUCAGGACAAGAUGGACUGUCUUCUAUGAACGUAUUUGUCUUUAACAAGCAGAAUGGCUCUAAGCUCGGAGGAGCCUGGCCAGGGUUGGCGAGGACUUUACUGGGAUUUACUGUGGUUUCAUUCUUGAAACAGUCCUCUGAUGAACAUUUCAUUUUCAGUUUAUUUUUUCCAGUGAAGAACAUCCCUCCUGCAGGUCCUCUCACUCCUGAGACACCCCCUAAACUAAGACACGUUGGGUCUUCCAGUGGCUGGUGUAGGACUCAGGAAGAAGGAAGAAAGUCAUGGGCCAGUGACAGAGUAAGUCACCUCCUAACCAGACCAAGCCCAGGUCUUUGCAAACAGCUGUAGGUUCAUGGGCCCGAUCUUCCCCCAUGAACACCCACUCAACCUGAGCAGGGUCCUGCCCCUGCCUUCUUGGGCCUUGCAGGACUCAUCUGACAGCUCGGUGUCAAAUAAGCUGUUUGAACAGUAAGACAUUUAUGAGGCUUACCUGGGACCCUCUGGUCACUGUACUGAAUGACUGUGACCAUGCUUCUUGCUGUUGCUGUAUUUGGAAAAAACCCUUCUCUGAGAUUUUGCUGAGACAUGUGCAAGUGGCAUCUCCCUCUUCACCGGUCCAGGUUUGUCAUGUUGCCUUGUCCUGAAUUUGCCUUUUUUUGUAUAAUUAAAAAAGGGACAAACUGG